CUGUUUGGAGCGUAGACGAUCUUUGGUUUCCGCGGCGCUCACUCCGUGUCAACAUAGCAGAGGAACAACAACCUGCGGCACUUAGCUGCUACACUACUUCACAGACGUGUUUCUACUUUUCCUAUUCGGAGUGAGCUCGUCGAGGAGUGACGUGUGAGACCAGCUCGAGUAUGGAGUUUCCUCCACAGAAUUCGGUGAGGACAACAACCGUUUAUCUUCCUUUUUAGGAACUAGCAGGGCUGUCAGCUAGCGGCCGUGUUCUGUUUGACAGCCGCAGCAGCAUCUCAGAUGGAGACAUAAAGCCCGCCGAUGGAGAGCUCUGACAGAGAUGACAGCGGAGGAGAGCGAGGCCUGCUCCACACCUGGAGGGGCUACUCCUACAGCGUCACCCCAGAGCGGCUGCUCCUCCCCGGGCCGGUCCUUCAGGUCGCCCUGGGCACGCGGCACGGCGUUCUGCUGGUGGAAGGAGGCCUGGUGUACAGUUUCGGGGAGUUGCCAUGGAAGCAGAGUCAAGGGCCCGAGCCCGCGAAACCCACCCUGGAGGGGGCGCUCAGCGGCCAGCGGGUGGUCGCCGUCGCCGCUGGGAGCUUCCACAGCGGCGCCGUCACAGAGGACGGCGGCGUCCACAUGUGGGGGGACAACGCUCUGGGACAGUGCGGCCUGUCGGGCCUCAGCACCGUCCCCAACCCGACUCCGGUCGCCCUGGUGGACGCCGAAGCUACCCCCCCGCGCACUGUCCCCGCGCUGGAGCUGGCCUGCGGGGGGCAGCACACCCUGGCGCUGUCGGCCCAGCGGGAGGUGUGGGCGUGGGGCAGCGGCUGUCAGCUGGGCCUCAACGUCUCCGCCUUCCCCGUCUGGAAGCCACAGAAGGUGGAGCACUUGGCGGGCAGGUACGUGCUACAGCUGGCCUGCGGGGCCUCACACAGCCUGGCUCUGGUGCGCUGCUUGGGCCCUCAGGACGUCCACAGGCCCCUGGUGGACAAAUGCAGACAGUGUAACCAGCUGCUGUACACCAUGACGGAUAAAGAGGACCAUGUCAUCAUCUCUGACGGCCACUACUGCCCCCCCGGCGUGGCGCUGACUGAGGAUGAGUGCAGGCUGCGGGCUCCUCCUGCGACGCAGGGCCUCAAAAUGUCCCCUUCUGAGCCGCUCCUCUCCUCCCGUACCUGCGCCUCAAACUCCCCGCCACCUCCUGACGGGGUUGUGCCCACUCAGGACUCGGAGGAGGAGGAGCCAGCCGCGCCAGACGGGCCACCGACAGCCUCGGACUGCUCCCCCCCGUCUCAGUCUGGAGGCGGGGCUGUUUUGGGGGUCAAGAGUUCACUUUAUCCGGAUGAGCAGGCCGUCAAAGAGUAUCUGAAGAAGCUGUCGCAGGCUGAGCAGAUGGCGAAGGCGGCUGCAGGAGGGACGCUGCCCCCAGCGGGUGGGCUGACCCCCACCAGCUCCACGCUCAACAGCCUGGUGGCCUCCUGCGCCUCGGCCGUUGGCGAGCGGGUCGCCUCCACCUACGAGGCCCUGUCCCUCAAAAAGAUGAUGAACUACCUGCCGCGGUCCGGCGGCGCCGCGGCGGCCCCGGGGGGCGUCUUCGGCGACGCCACGGCAGAGCGCGUCCGCCUUGAGGACUCGGUGCAGGCCAAGAAGAGCUCCAGCACGGGAGACAUCCGCGAGGAGGAGGCGGAGGGUCUGCGGCGCCGCCUCUCGCUACCGGGACUCCUCUCUCAGGGUAGAUACGCAGUUCACCUCUUAUCCACCUCCUAUACGCUGCUGCUGUCCCCGCGGCUCCUGAGGAAAGCCUGCCGUCCGAGGAUGCGCGCCGUGGCCCUCACCCCGCUGGGGGGGGCAGUCCCCGAGGCACAGGAGCUGUUCCCCACCCUGCAGACCGAGGUGUGGAGUUGGGGCGGCGGCGAGCACGGACAGCUGGGACACGGAGACGCUGUGGACAGGGCACAGCCGCUGUGCGUCAAGAGCCUGAACAGUAAGGAGGUGGUGCGUUUGGCGGCCGGCGCUCAUCAUUCCCUCGCUCUCACCGCUCAGUCUCAGGUGUUUACUUGGGGAAGCAACAGCUUUGGUCAGCUUGGACACAUGGAGUCACCCAGCACUGUGCCUCGCCCCGCAAAGCUGUCAGAGGGGAUCCGGGUCUGGGACAUGAGCGCCGGAGAGAGACACACCCUCCUGCUCGCAGACGGAGACUGCUUCCGGCCCAUCAUCUACUACAGCGGACAACAGGUGAAGGAGGAGGAGAAGGAGGAGAAGAAGGAGGAGGCGCAGGGCAGCGCCAAGGAGCCGAGUCAACGGGAAGAAGGGGAGGAAGAGGAGGAGCGCCCGGGGAGCUGCACCCAGCAGCCUGUUCUGCUGCCCUUCUGCAUGGACCUCGGUUACGUGAGCAACGUGUCUGCGGGCGGCCGGCGCUGCGUGGCCCUCUCCGACAUGAACGUGAUGGGCUUCAUCGCCAGCCUCCACGAGCUGGCCUCGGCCGAGAGGCGCUUCUACUGCAAGCUGUGCAACAUCAAGACGCAGAUAGUGCGCCCCCUGCUGGAGACGGAGUCUCUGGGUCCGACCCUCGGCCCGGUGGCCACGGGGCUCCUGCACACCUUGGUGAGCCGGUUCAGCCUCCUGUGUCACCUGACGGGGCAGCACGCCGCCAGCCUCACCGCCAACCUGCGCCGCGUCCGCGACGUCAGCAGCCUGCUGGUCCUGGACCACUGCGGCAUCUUCCUGGACUCUUUCAACGAGUACUGCGGCGCUGUGGGCAACUUCCAGGUGAUGGGAGGCUUCCAGGCCCUGACCAAACCCUCACUGGAUUUCUUUGGGAAGAGUCCCGAGCUGCUCAAGAGGCUGUCCGAGUGCAGCGAGGAGAACCCCACCAUGGCCGACCUCCUGGUGGUGCUCUUCUACCUCCCAACGCGCCACCUGCACGAGUACGCCCGGCUGCUGCUCAAACUGGUCAGCUGCUUCGAAGUGAGCUCCGCUGACUACCAGCGGCUGCAGGACAGCUGCUCCAAGUUUGAAGCUUUAGAUCUCCAGCUGAAGAGGAAGAGGAAGGACGCCGACAACACCGUGAACUUCUGGAAGAGCUUCCCCGGCAAAAUGACGGACUCCCUGAGGACGCCCGGCCGCCGGCUGAUCUGCGAGAGCAGCAACAAGUCGCUGACGCUGCAGAACGCCGGCAGGUUCUCUGUCAACUGGUUCAUCGUCUUCAACGACGCGCUGGUUCACGCGCAGGGCGUGGCGCCUUGUAAAAAUCUUUUCUCCACCCACCACGUCUUCCCGUUGGCCACGCUUUGGGUGGAGCCGAUGCCAGAGGAGAACCCCGGCCUACAUGGACUAAAGAUGAUUACCCCCGAGGAGACGUUCACCGUGCUCGCCUCCUCUCACACAGAGAAGACCAAGUGGCUUCGCUCCAUCAACCAGGCGGUGGAGCGGGCCCUGAGCGGGCUGCCGCCGGUCGGCCCGGGUCAGAGGGCGGAGCCUCCCGCCUCCAGGACGGCGUCUUACACCUUUUACAAGGACGGGCGGCUGAAGGAGGCCACGUACGACGGGAGCUGGCUCAACGGGAAGCCCGACGGCAGAGGAGUGUUGACAUGGCCUGACGGGAGAGUAUACACGGGGGGCUUCAGGAGCGGACUGGAGGACGGCUUCGGGGAGUUUGUGGCUCCCAACAAGACGCUGAACAAGACUGACCAGUAUCUCGGUCACUGGAGGGACGGCAGGAUGCACGGCCUCGGGACCUACAGCUAUGCCAGCGGGGAGGUUUACGACGGAUCCUUCCAGGACGGCAUGCGACACGGACACGGCAUGCUGCGCAGCGGCAAGCUCAACUCCUCGUCCCCCAGCGUCUUCAUCGGCCGGUGGCUGCAGGACAAGAAGAGCGGCUACGGAGUGUUCGACGACAUCACAAAAGGGGAGAAGUACAUGGGCAUGUGGCAGGAUCACAUGCGGCAGGGCAACGGCGUCGUGGUCACUCAGUUUGGGCUUUACUACGAAGGAGCCUUCAAAGACAACAAGAUGACGGGCACCGGGAUCCUUCUGUCAGAGGACGACACCACGUACGAGGGCGAGUUUUCUGACGACUGGACCCUUAAUGGCAAGGGAACGCUAACGAUGGCUAACGGGGACUACCUGGAGGGGUCCUUCGGGGGCGAAUGGGGCUCCGGCCUCAAAGUGACGGGGUCCUACUUCAAGCCACACCUGUUCGAUAGCGACAAGGAGAAGAGCCGCGCCGUGAAGCUGGGGCGUCUGUGUGUGCGCGCGGAGGACAAGUGGCAGGCGGUGUUUGAGGAGUGCUGGAGUCAGCUCGGCUGCGAGGAGGCGGGUCACAAAGACAACACGAAGGCCUGGGAGAACAUCGCCGCGGCCCUCAACACCAGCCGACAACUCCUCCAGGACAGCCCGGAGACGUUGCCUCGGAGCCACAGCAGAACCUUGGAGGGUCUGGAGGUCGUCCCGCAUCACGAGGGCCCGAUCACCAUGGAGAGGUACCACGCCAUCCGCCUCUACCUCCUCAAGGCGUGCGACACCGCGCUCCACCCGCUGGGCCGACUGCUGGAGACCCUGGUGGCGGUCUACCGGAUGACCUACGUGGGCGUGGGAGCCAACCGCCGGCUGCUCCCUCAGGCCGUCAGCGAGGUCACGUCCUACCUCAACCGCAUCUUCCACAUCGUCAGGUUCCUGUUCCCCGACCUGCCGGAGGAAGGCGGCCCGAUCCCCGAGCCGACCCCCGCCCUGCAGGGCGCCCCGCCGCAGUCUCCGAAGCCCGGCCGCGUGGUGAGCAGCUCGGCCCUGCUGCUCCCCGUCCUGCUGCCGCGCCUCUACCCGCCGCUCUUCACCCUCUACGCGCUGGACAAGGAGCGGGAGGACGACGUGUACUGGGACUGCGUCCUCCGCCUCAACAAGCAGCCCGACCUGGCGCUGCUCGCCUUCCUGGGAGUCCAGCGAAAGUUUUGGCCUGUUUCCUUUGCCGUCGCCAUGGCUGCACCGGAGGAGAUGCAGCAGGUCUUGUCCAGCACCAAGGAUGCCUGCUUCGCCUCUGCCGUGGAAACGCUGCAGCAGAUCAGCACGACGUUCACCCCGUCGGAGAAGCUGCAGGUGAUCCAGCUCACCUUCGAGGAGAUCACGCUGGCGGUGCAGGCGCUGCUGAAGCAGGACUUCCUGUGGUCCAUGGACGACCUUUUCCCCGUCUUCCUCUACGUGGUGCUGCGCGCACGAAUCAGGAACCUGGGGUCAGAGGUCAGCCUGAUCGAAGACCUGAUGGACCCUUGCGUGCAGCACGGAGAGCAUGGGAUCAUGUUCACCACGCUAAAGGCUUGUUACUACCAGAUCCAGCAUGAGAAGAUCACCUAAAGCCAUCGCGGCGUUACUUCCUGCUUCCCCAGCAGCAGCAGCGAGCGGCGGCCAACGGGAAGCAGCGGAUCACCUGAUCACUCGACAGCGCCACCUGCUGUGGGACCUCCACUGACCACGAGGGUCACCUGCAUCCCGCUACCUGUGAGGAACGUCGGGGUUCAUACCAGUGUUUUCUUCCUUUGUGCCAUUGGACCCGGUUUGCUCUGUUUUCUCUGCUCACAGUCGUCUCGCUGUGAGACACCUCAGGAAGAAGAAAACAUUCCUUUUUAUUUCACCUCCCUGAAGAAACGGACAAUAACAAGGAAAUAAUGUCGCCUCACUUUUUUAUUGUUUUCCGUCCCUGUCAUCUGUCACGGCAGCGUAUUUAUUUUGUAGUUCAUCAGGAGGAGGGCAGGUUGACUUCUGCUCCUCCGUGGGACCUGUUGCAGCUUCUUCACCUGCUGCAUCCACAAUACACGCAACCUGACGUGGUCAUAACUCUAAAUGAUGCUUUUCCUGUUUUACCAGCUUGCAGAAGAUCAAAGUUGAAGCCAGUGAGGGUCUGUUGACUCGGAGACACACGUUUUCCAAAUGGACUUUGGAUGACUCUGGAUCAUAAGGCCUUAAUGAAAAAGCUUUGCAGGAUGAAUGACAAUGUGUUAAAAUCCAAAAUAAUGCUCUUCAAGUCAAAUAAACUAUUUACUGUGAACGCAACGCCAGAUGCCUUCAAACAGGCAGUUGUGGAGAUGCUUUGGAGGGUCUGAGUUGGUGUUACUGACAUGGAGUAAUGGUGGCUUUGGCUGUAUCGUUGUGAGUAACACGUGUUUUAUGCUUGCAGGCAGGGAGGGAAGGCAGCACAUUGUUCAUGAAGCCAUAUGAAGGUCUAACUACACCUGGUACACCAUACCUUUUACCUGUCAAAUAAUCGAUGAAACUUGGUCGUGAUUCUGGAUUCUUUUGUGCUGCAGCAGACAGGCGAGCAGUUGUCUUUUUAUUGGUGUGAUUUUCUGCAGCAUCUGUCAACGUUAACUGUUCUUUUUUUUCCUUUUCUUGUUGUUUCAAAAGCAUUUGCAGCGCUAGCUGUCAGACGUCGUUGCUUAUUUGUGAUCUGCGUCACACGGGCCUGUUUUACAGAGGGCUUAAGAGAGGAUUCCGAGGAUGACCAGGUUUCAUUUUCAUUAAAAUCAAGGCUUUUGUUUUUUUCGGAUGGCUUAACAAUAGCAAAGCCUCUUUUUGAAAGGGACUAAAUAUAGGUGAGGCAGCGGUUCUUCCCCUCCAGGAUUUAGGAAAUCAGAAGGUUUAACCUCGUCGUUGAGCGGGCUCUUUGCCUGAUUUAUUAAAACUGAUAUUAGGUUUCAUUUUGGAAACGAUGGGUAAAGGUCAGGAGCAGAAACCGUGAAUGUAAACAUCGUCUGCUCUCACUUUUAUGACUUUAAAAAGCUCUUGUUGCCGUGGAGACCGUAGGUGCCUGACCCUUAAGCGGAGGGACGGCGUGGCGUCAUGAAGGUUCCUUUUUAAGAUGCUGCUGAAGCGACUGACCUGCAGAGGUCGUUCCUCAACUGACUGACGUACAUCAAAGGGUAUUUUAAAUCCAAAUAUAAUGUCCAUAAGCACAUGUUUACUGUGAAAGUGUAAAAAUGUUUAUUCGUCAACAUUUUGGGUUU